AGUCAGUUGCCGCUACUGCAUUCACACAUUCCGUCGAAGUAAUAACAAGAAUUCAUAUUUAAGUUAAUUUUAUAUUUUAAAACAAUAUAUUAUUUACUUUAACAAACAUGUCCCUGUCAAAACCUAUUUAUUCACUUUUGGGUGUUUAUUUGGAGCAACUGUUCAACCAUCCUGUGCGCACGAAGUCUGUUACCAGUGGAGUAUUGGCGGCUUCUGCUUGUUAUACUUCGCAGCGCAUUUCAGGACAAAAGAAAGUCAACCAACAUAGUGUCUUGGCUUAUGCAUUAUUUGGUUUUAUCUUCGGAGGCAGUAUACCCCACUAUUUUUAUCAAGCAAUGGAGCGUUUAUUAAAUGAAAAUAUUAAGUUCCGACGUUUUAUUUUGUUUUUAUCUGAACGUAUAAUAUUUGCGCCUUUUUAUCAAGCACUCUCGCUCUACUCACUAUCACGAUUUGAAUGUAACUCCCACAAGACUGCUGUAGCCAAUUUGCAGAAAUUAUAUUGGCCACUGCUACAAGCCAAUUGGAAAUAUCUGUCGCUGGCUGUGUUCGUAAAUAUGGCGUUUGUGCCACCAAUGCUCCGCACUGUGACUAUGAGUAUUGUAUCCUUCAUUUGGGUGGUAUUCAUUGCACACAAACGUCGUCGUUUGCAAGAAAAAGCAGCAGCUGAUGCCGCUGCCGCUGCCACUGCUAAGGAUAAAUAAGUGUAUCCUUAAUAAAUACGCAUUUAAAUAUUUUGUUUUUAAUAACUAAACAAUUAGGUGAAUGGGAUGAUAUUACUUAAUACCUGUGUGUAUAUGUUAACUAUUUGAUAUAUAUGUGUGUACAUAUAAUUAAAUUUAAAUGAACAAUUUUUUGUA